CACGCGGGAAGAAAGCCACGCUUUCGGGGAUCGCGGGGAGGCAUUAGAUUGCACAAUCUAUCUUGAUUACAAUCUGCAAUCUCUUCCACCAAUCCCUUCAGAUCCCUUCUUUUUGCACAAUUUCUCUAUGAAUCGUCAAAUUGGAAUUUCCGAAUCCAAAAGCUGUCCGAAAUGGCCCAUUUCCCGCCGCGCACUUUUCCGGCGAAACAAUUUUAUAUCUUCGCAUUGUCCGUCGCCUGUCUCCUAUUCAUCCUUUUGUCCAUUCCUCGAAUCUCCGCCCAGGAGAUUGGGCGAGAUGACUCGAAUACAGCAGCCAUCGGCGAUAUAGGGCGACGUGGGAAAGUAUUUGUGAACGAAUUCGAGGCUAGUAUUAGAGAAAAGAAAGACCCUGAUUCUACAGAUCUCGGUAUUCAAGUGGACUCUGGCCUUGGAAUCUUAGAUGCUUUCUUUGCAAGCUUGUCCAUGAUAAUUGUCAGUGAGAUUGGAGAUGAAACGUUUAUCAUAGCAGCUCUCAUGGCAAUGCGACACCUGAAAUCAACUGUUCUAUCAGGUGCACUCAGUGCUUUGUUUGUGAUGACGAUUCUUUCUACAGGCCUCGGUAGGAUAGUUCCAAAUUUAAUAUCGAGGAAGCAUACUAAUAGUGCAGCUACAGUUCUAUAUGCCUUUUUUGGGCUCCGGCUGCUUUACAUUGCCCGGAAAUCUGAUUCAAAAAGUUCCCAGAAGAGAGAAAUUGAGGAAGUAGAAGAGAAGCUUGAAGCUGGUCAAGGGAAAACUACAAUCCGGCGAUUCUUUUCUAGAUUUUGUACACCUGUCUACUUAGAGUCUUUUAUUUUGACAUUUUUAGCCGAGUGGGGAGACCGCAGCCAAAUCGCGACAAUUGCUCUGGCGUCGCACAAGAAUGCUGUCGGAGUUGCUUUAGGUGCAACCAUCGGACACACCAUAUGUACGUCGUUGGCAGUAGUUGGUGGAAGUAUUAUGGCUUCGAAGAUUUCGCAGCGCACGGUGGCGACGACGGGAGGGCUGCUUUUCCUGGGGUUUUCCUUGUCCUCAUACUUCUAUCCUCCUCUUUGAUCAUCAGCUGCUGCGUUCAUACUGUUAUUUCUAUCCGUUCUACAUCAUAUCUCAUGUUAUUUUUUAUUUUUAUUUUUGAAAUGAUUAGAUAUUUAAUUUUAUUUUAGUUUUUUACAUUUUAAUUAGAUUAAUUAAUAUUUUGAUUUAUUUUUGUUGAUAUAUUUUUAAUUAUUUAGUAAUUAUAUUUUUCAUAAA